GGCGGGCCAUUGAGUCUGCGGUAACCACACAAAGUUCUCCAAAUAAAAUACAUUUUCACCAUUCAUAAUAAUCGAACUUGACAAGCGGAAUCACGGGGAUAACAGCCGAGGACAGUGAGCGCUUUGUGUUGGUUGGAAGAGCGAUAGCAUGGGAAAAAUAGAAUGGGCUAUGUGGGCCAAUGAACAGGCUCUGGCGUCGGGGCUCAUUCUCCUUACUGGUGGCAUUGUGGGCGUGGCCGGACAGUUCAGGGACUGGCAGUUUGCUGCUUAUGCUGUAGCUGCAGGGGUGUUUGUCUGCCUAUUGGAGUACCCAAGGGGCAAGAGAAACAAAGGCACCAGCGUUGAAAGAACAGGUCAGUAUUGCUUCACUGUCUGUGUGAAGUCCUUUGGCCCACUGACCAGGAACUAUUAUGUCAGAGCGUUUAUACAUGCAGGGAUCUGUGUUCCUGGUGGUUUCAUGCUUGCAACUAUCCUGGGCUGUGUCUGCCUUGGCAUAGCUAGCCUCAUCUACCUUGCGGCAGCCAUCAGGGGGGAGCAUUGGGAGCCCAUUUUACCCCGGAAGGACAGUGCCCGAAAGCCGGUUGCAGACAGCAUCAAUCGUCCUCCUCAGAACCCUCCUCCACGCCCGCCAGCAGAAAUGCGCAGAAAACGUGCAGAAGACCUAGAAGGGGCGGCUUAUGUUAACCCCAUCCCUGUCACUGCCAACGAGUAGAUGCCUUUACCGUCUUUCUCUCAGGCCUGUUGGACUAGCUUCCACAGGGUAGCUUAGUUCAUUUUCAACAACCAAAAGAUACACUGGAGCCCCACCCAGGCCAUGCUAACAUGCUUGCCUUUGACUAAAUGGCAACUUCUACAUUUAGAUUGAUGUCAAUGGGAUAUUUUUGUUGAAGGCUUAGUGUGGAUAUUUUUUGAAAUUUCUGCAAGUAGUUGUGAAAGUGCUGCUCGUGAGUUAAUACUGUGUACUAUCACAUCCAUUUGUAAAUGUUACAACUGAUUUUUUUUUUUUAUGUUUGCAAUUUUAGAACACCACCAUGUGGAAUAUCAUGAAUCUGAUGUAUUUUAAAUGCCCAAAUUAAGAGUUCUGUGGAGAGGAUGAAGUGGUUGAGGUUUCAGGAUGUCAGGGAUUUUACUGAAGUAAGAGCUGCCUUGUGGAUCUAUCUCUACCAAAGUUCUGUAACUGUUCAAUGCCUGACACAAUUUUUUCAUCUCUAAUAUUUUUGGUCACCAAAGAGUAAAUGGAAGGUUGUGAACUUUCACAACUUUAUUGUUCUUUAUUUUGUGAGUACAUUAGAUGGAUAAGUGUGAAUCCAAAUCGACCACCUUUACUGUCAAAGCCUUGUUAUUUUUAUUAUAAUUAAAUGUACUAUUUAUAUUUUAUCCUCAGGAUGUUGUACAAACAGGUUCUUAUGUUUUGCAUGUUCGAUUUCUGUGUCGUGUCUCAAGUUUUACAUUUCCUCUUUCCUACGUUUCUUUGAACUCUGUGAAUUUCACAGUUCCUUCUCACAGUGCAACAAGCAGGGGCUUAAUUUUGCAACACUUUGGAAAUUCCUGCACAAUUUAGGUUAUAAACACAGUCAGUGUUGAGAUGUCAAGAAGUAUUUCUAUUAAUAUUUCAACACUAAGAUCCCAGUAUAUCUUUAGGCUACCUCUAGAAUGAGUAAAUGUGUAUGUUUGGAGUGCUCUAAGCCACCAUUGUGCCAUAAGAGCAGCAGGAACCUUUAUAUAUCUACACAACCUUGUCGCCAGGCUAUUGUGUAAAGAUUAUGACAUCAACUGUCCCGCAUCUGGUAGGAGUUGCUUUGAUGAAACAGGAACAGAAAUAGCAUAAAGACUUAGAAAAAUAAAGCACUUUCUGUUUGUUUAGUAUUUGUCAGCUGCCUGGAGUCUGUGACCCAUCAACCACACCUAAAUGGUGAUGCUAUGCCAGGCCUGUACUGGCCUCUUCAGUUUGUAUUUCUUUUGAGGUGUUUUUUAUUCUUUAGUCUUGUCUUUAGCAAAUGAAAGGCAUGUUUAAAUGGAUAUAAGUCUAGCCAAAAACUUUCAACUUUUUUGGCAACUCCCUAGUUGCUAUGGCAAUAUGUUUGGGGUUAUUGUCUUGCUGUAUGAAGUGCUGUUUUGCUGGUUUGUAAGCAUUUUCUUUUACUUUAGCAAUAUGUUUCUGCACACUUCAGAAUUCAUCAUGCUGUUGCCAUCCUAGGUUAAUCCUUCUCAUCUGGCUUCCAGCUUCUGUAGUUCUUCUGGUGAAACCUUCUGUGAAUGGUAGUGGAUGACACACCAAAGCCUACAUCCUAAAGAGUCUUUCUAAUCUGUCUCACAGUUUUAUUUUUUCAUUAUGUUGAGCAUUCUUUCAUCUUCCAUCUUCCUUGGGUUAUUGGGCUCACCAUUGCUUUCCUUUUUUUUAAUGUUCAGAAUAGAUGUUUUUGGUAAUCCUAAUGUUUUGGCUAUAUUCUGAUAAAAAAUAAAUAAUAAUUCUGCUUUGUAAGUACA